ACUUCCCCCCCCCCCGUCAUUGUGAACCUGCUCGGAGAGCCCCCCCUCCUCUCUGCCCCCCCCUUCUCUGUCUCACCCACGGUGGGUCUCCAGUCAACUGCGCCGGCUUUAUGAAUGGGAUGCGAGGUUCACAGGAUGACAGGAAGUGAGCAGCUGCGAUAUCAUUUACAGAAGCUACAGAGUGGAUUUUCACUGAAGACUUGUGAGUGAAGACUAAACACAGAUAUAGACUUGUCUGGGGGAUUUUUUUUUCUUCCUCGGUCAUCCAACCGGAUCCACGGCUACCUCCGAGUCUGCAGCCAAACCUAUUUUCUGCCACCAUGCCGAUCCUGAAGCAGCUCGUGUCCAGCUCAUCGCAGACCAAGCGUCGCUCGCGCAUGGACCUGACGCGAGAGAUGAUCAGCGCCCCCCUGGGUGACUUCCGCCACACCAUGCACGUGGGCCGCAGCGGCGACGCCUUCGGGGACACCUCCUUCCUCAGCACCCGCUCGGGGGAGCCUCCCUGCGAAGCUGCCACCGCCGCCUUCCCCCGCUCCCCACGGCCCGGCCUCCUCUCCCGCACGUUCAGGAGCAGCAAACGCUCCCAGUCGGUCACCAGAGUGGACCAGCAGAGAGACAGCCCACUGGCGCCCCCUGGUGAGUCACCCACCUACGUCAAGAACGCCAUGUCCCUGCCUUUCCUCAACAACGAAGGGAGGGGCGACGAGAUGGUCGCGAAGAGCUUGUCCUCCAGCCCCUUGAAGCAGCAGCAGCUACACGAGGAGCUGGACGGGAGGACCUCCAAUGGGGCCGCGGCGGCAGCCCAUCUUCUGGAGCUGAAUGAGAGGAGCUUUGGUGAGCUGACGGAGCUCCCGGAGAGCACCCACCAAUUCGGAGUGGCGAUGAAGCGCGCGGAGUCGGUUAUGUCGUUCCACAUCGACCUGGGACCCUCCAUGCUGGGGGAAAUCCUCGGGGUGAUGGAGAAGGAGGACGAUGACCAAGGCUUCGAGGAGGGAAAAAGUAGCGAGGGCCACGCCUCGCCGCCCCUCAGCACCCAUGGAGAGGACAGUGUCGAGGUGAGCAGGGAUGAGGAUGAGGAGGAGCGGGAACUCGCGGAGAAAAAACAAGAAGGAUCGGACCCAGAGCUGCUGCAGGUGUCUACGCACGCCACUAUGCCGGUGGGUCUGGAGCCUGAGGGUGGAGGGCCCUACACCCCACAGUAUACCCCCGAGACCUGGCCCAAACACCUGCAGCACCUGGACAGCUGCUCCGUGUCCAGCUCUAGUUCUGCCGCCCUGGAGGAGAAAGCCAGCAGCCAGACCUACGCCGGGGACACUGACAGCGCUACCUUCAGCGCCCCCCCGGAGGAAGAGUGCAACUUCUCCUCUUUCAUGGAGGAUGAAGAUGACGAGAUUCGGGUGUGAGAUGCCAGGCAGGGCGUGGAUCAAGAACGUUCCCUCUGUGGAAAUUGCCAAAUCCCCGCGAUAAGGUGGACUUGCACUGAAAGAGAAAGAGGACGUUGUUGCCUGAUGUCGCGGGGAAUGCGAGCGCAGAGACUAUGGAGGAGCCUCGUUUUGAGUGUCCGCCUUUCCUGCGGGAGGAGAACGUGACCGCUCCUCCGUACGAGAGAUCAAAACCCCGUCUGUCACAGAGUUUCUCCCCUUCCCGCACACCUUGUCCGACUGUCAGUCCGUCUCUCCCUAUUAAACGCCGAAGAAACGGACGCGGAGGCUCAGAAACCUUCCCAAUAUGGAACAUUUCAGAAGUUGAGCGAUGAGGCAGACGGGGAGGGCAACAAAGGACCUCAGAUAAGCGAGGGCGGGGGGACGCUUCAAAAAACUAAACCUGCCUUUCUCUCUCUCUCUCUCUCUCUCUCUCUCUCUCUCUCUCUCUCUCUCUCUCUCUCUCUCUCUCUCUCUCUCUCUCUCUCUCUCUCUCACUCGGUGUCACAAGUGCUCAGCUCAAAUGACUUCUGGUUUUGCAUUCCACUUUGCCUCCUCCCUUGUUGUGCUGCUUCUGUUUUAGGCCGUGGGACGUCAUGGGAUUUGAGGUCUAAUGGUAGUGAUGGGUAUCUCGUCACGUUGAAGGGGGCCUUUGACUAACUGUUGCUUCGCCGGUGCCGAUUUGAACCCUUAUCUAGUCCGGUGAAGGUGUCGGCGGUGUCACACACGUUCUGUCCCUUUUCUAUUUACAUUUUUCUACCCCCCCCCCUUUUUUUUUUUUUCUUGCUCCUUCUUCAGUUUACUUCAGUGUGAGUGUCUGGUACCUUUCAGGCUAGGCCCUUAAAGCCGAUAGUGAAGAGAGGCCUGUGAUCGCUGCAGAAACCAUGCCCUUACACAACCGGACUCCACAGGAGUGACAACAGAGUGUGUGCGCCGAGUCGGAGAACAGCAGACCCGUGUAAACUGUACUGUAUGUAAAGGAAAUUGACAAGUUGUCUUUUUUUUGUUGUUGUUGUUCUCAUCGUCCCCCCUAGCAGAUGAUGUUUUUUUGUCCACCUCUCUGGUAUAGCUUAAGUCAGGAGAAAUCGUCUCAACUUAACACGGAUAUGUUAUCGCCGUUCUCCUAAUCAGGUUUUCUUUUUUUCCUUUUGUGGUUAAUUUUGAACAGAGCUCUGUGUGCGCUACCUAACCACUUCCUCCUCUCUUUGUGAGACACCGACGUGCUCAGAAAUCCAUCCUCCUCUAGUCUGGCGCUUUCCUUCGUGCACGAACUUUGUCACCACUACGUCUGCGCAGCGUUUUAGGCGGUGUUUUGUUGGGGGCAACGCACAAGUCUUGCCCGCGGGCAGGGUUAAACCAGACACUAACAUUUGGCGUUGCUGUACACCUGCUGUUGCUGUUAUUGAUGAUGGGUUUUUUUUUUUUUUUAAUCCUUGUAAAUUGCUUUGGGUGUGUUUUGUUUCCGUCGGCUUGGAAGGCGUGUGCGAAGGAGAAAACGUAGCCGUCGAUGCAACGAGAGUCAAAGGAAACGGCUUGUUGUGUUACUCCGGCGGGCCGCAGGGAGUGUUUGCAGCAACCCGAGUGUUGCCCUUGCAUCAUCGAAGGCCGCGGCCAGAAAUACCGAGGCGGCGGAGGCCGGUCUGCUGCCACGGCUGACGCCUGUGCCAAAUAAACCAUUUCAUCCCACUGAUAAUUUUAGUUCCGGCGCUUAAUGUCCUGGGAGCCUUGUCAAAUGUCGGCGUCAGCCGUCCCUCAUGAUGAUUAACCGCAGCUUGAAAACCAAGUUAAGAGCGCGCUGCAGACUGCAUGGUGACAAAUGCGAUGCGGUCUGCAGCGAAGGCCUUUCUGAGACUCGGCUCUCCUGCAGAAAAGAAAGAAUAACAAUCAGUUGAGCCAACCGGCAAAUGUUUUGAUUUUACUCUCUGAAACACUAGACGUCAUUUUCAACAAAAGGCUAAGCGUAUUUUAACUACUCGGACACGUUGAAUAUUUACCCGUAGGCCUGUGGUUCACUAGCUUUUUGCGUGAAUGGCAAACUUCUGCGUGGAGUUUUUUUUGUUGCCUUUUCCUGUAUUUUGCCUUUUCCUGUAUAAUGUUGUAUAUUCUGCCUUACUAUUUCUUGUUAUUGUAAAAAAAUUAUGUAUAUUUAGUCCCCCUUUCCUCACCCCCCCCCCCCCCGCUCCCUUCCUUAUCCAAAAGUAACCUAUAUUUUUCAAUAAAUUAA